AUGGAUGACCCCAAAGAGCGGAGAAAAAUCCAGAACCGCCUCAACCAGCGUGCCAGCCGCAGGAGGAAAGCUAUACUAUCUUCCCACAGUCGCCGGUCUUCGACUCGAAAGUGGACAGUUUACGUCGCCCCGUCGCAGGAAACAGCGACAUCCCCAAGACCAAACCACAAUCCCACCCAGGGAGAGAACGACGCAGCUACAGUUCAUUUCUGCUACCUCAGCUUAGAAACCCGCCAGAUCGUUUUGAAUAUGUUACAUGACCGUGUCAACAGAGGCAUCAUCACCCACGCUCUCUCCUCAGAAUUACUCCUCCCAGUUACCCAGUGGAACAUCAUCCGCGCCAUGUGCACCAACGCCACUACAAUGGGUCUAACCAUCGCACUCUUAGCAGGAGAUAUCAUCUCCCCCUUCAAUACCUGUGGACCAGUAACAGCAACUCUACCACCCAGUUUACAACCAACGUAUCUACAGAAAUCCAUCAUCCAUCAUCCCUGGAUCGACCUAUGUGCCGUUUCCUCAGUCCGGGACGCUCUUCUGCGAAAUCUCCAUCUCUACUCGGAGGAUGAACUUUGCGACGAUCUCUUCAAAGGCUCCAGUGAUUCUACCCAGCCGACCGGACUUUUAACCUGGGGUGAGGCGUGGGAUCCGUAUGGAUACGAGAUAUCUGAAAAGAUGUUUCGGAAAUGGGGGUGGCUAUGGAGGGAAUGUCCUGAGGUGAUUUGCUCUACGAAUUACUGGAGAUUGCAGCGGGGAGAGGAGACCCUUGUCAUUUCUGAUUGA